GUGUACCGGCCCCGUUACGAUCUUUCAGCGAUUGAGUUCAGAUCGACACAAAUCUAACUCUUGUAGCUGUUGAUCGGCAUACUCGCUUGAGUUCAGAUCGACACAGAUCUUAGCCAAGCCGGCUUAGAUCGGUAAACCGCAGUGAUGAGCAACCUUUGGGAAGCCUACCUGAGCGGCGCUUACAUUCCAGACACGGAAGAUGAGGACUACACUUUGUGGGGUGUCCCGCCGGCGGUGGAUUGCCAUUUCUCGGCGAGUUUCUCGGAGAUAGAGGAGGAGUCGGAAGUGGUGGAGGAGGCAGAAGCUGGGCGUGAGUCGCCCGGAGCCCUAGCUCCGGCGAAACCAAGGUGGUCCUUGUUUAGGCGUCCCAUGCCUUUAAAUCCAUCUAUAUCUGUUAUUAACCCUUCAUUUGAACCUGAAAAUUCUGAUUUUGAUGAUGGUUCCUUGUUUUGUGAGGAAAAUUGGGACGAGGUUGUUCGUUAUUGUGGUCCGGAGGCCCCUGUGAGGAAGUUCACGCACUCUCCUGCGAUGUUGGCCUUCAUGAAUGGCCUGCUCUAUUUUCCCGAAUAUUGGCGUUCCAUAGGCGAGUCACCGUCCGCCGACAAACGCCGAACUUGACAGCAGCCUCCUUCAUUCGGCCACGUUUUGGCUUCCCACCGUGGCUGUCUUCAAGCACAAAUUGGAUGAUGGAGUUUCUCUCUCCCGUGGUUAGAUCGUUGCGCCUCACCAUUGUUGAUUUUGAAGUGAUUUUGGUGAUUUUGUAGUAGGUUCUUCAAUUUUCAGAUUGUGAAUGUAAUAGGCAUUGUGAAUGGCAGAUUUUAUAGAUGUUGGAACUUGUGUUUUGGUGGGAAUACUUGUCAGCCGAAUGUUCCUUGUUUUGAAUGAAAAUUUCAUUUUCAGCCAAAUGUUCCCUCUCUAAUUUCACUUUGGUAUUGAAGUCUUCAAUUGGCGCCACUUUUUAAUUCAGUUUGGUAUUGAAGUCUUUUAGUUACAGGUGAAAAGAAAGGGUGACAGCCGAACUGUUACACUUUUUAAUUCAGUUUGAGUGUAAUUUAAUUUCAGUAAAAAAAAAAUUAAUUAUAUUUAUAAUUUAAUUGAAUUUAAAAAUAAA